AUGAAAGUGUCAAGCUACUCCAAUUUUUGUAUAAAAAGAAGUUACCUUAAUAUAAAUAGUUUUAAAAAAAUAAAUAUUGAAAGCAAAUUGAGAUAUUCUACAAAUAAAGAAAAAUCAGUAAAAAAGAAAAAUGUAUUUUUAACGUGGAAAUGUUUAGCUUUUAAUUUAGCUUUAACUAUCCCUACUUUAUAUUUAUAUAUAUUACAAGAUCAGAAAAAGAAAAGAAAAGAUGUUAGUAAAACAACAGUACAGAAUAUAGGAAAACCUCUAAUAGGAGGAGAUUUCACUUUAGUAAAUCAUAAUGGAGAAAUAAUAACAAAUAAAUCAUUUAAAAAUAAAUUUUGUUUAAUUUAUUUUGGAUUUACUUAUUGCCCUGACAUAUGUCCUCAAGAGUUAGAAAAACAAACUAUAGUAAUAGAAAAAUUAAGAAAGAAAUAUGGAGAUUUAAUUACUCCUAUUUUUAUUUCAGUUGAUCCUAAUAGAGAUACAGUAGCACAAGUAAAUUAUUAUUGCAAAUCGUUCAGUGAUAAACUAAUUGGUUUAACAGGAACAAAAGAACUUAUUAAAAACGUUGCUAAAUUAUUUCGCGUUUAUUACAAUGAAAAUAUAAAUAAUGAAAAUUCAACUAAUGAAAAUAAAGAUGAUCAAUAUAACUAUUUAAUUGAUCAUUCAAUAAUUCAUUAUUUGUUAGAUACAGAAGGGCAAUUUGUUGAUUUUUAUGGAAAAAACUGUACUAUUAAUGAAAUGGUGGAAAAAAUUUCUCAUUAUUUAGAUGAGUAUAUAGAAAAUAAAAGAAUUGAAAAUAAACAAUAA